GCUGCCAUGGGUACCGACAGCCGCGCGGCCGGGGCGCUCCUGGCGCGGGCCCGCACGCUGCACCUGCAGACCGGGAACCUGCUCAACUGGGGUCGCCUGCGCAAGAAGUGCCCGUCCACGCACAGCGAGGAGCUUCGAGACUGCAUCCAAAAGACUUUGAAUGAGUGGAGUUCCCAAAUCAGCCCUGAUCUGGUCAGGGAGUUUCCAGAUGUCUUAGAAUGCACUGUAUCUCAUGCAGUAGAGAAGAUAAACCCUGAUGAAAGAGAAGAAAUGAAGGUUUCUGCAAAGCUGUUCAUUGUAGGAGCAAAUUCCUCAGCAUCAACUAGAAAUGCAGUUGACAUGGCCUGCUCAGUCCUUGGAGUUUCACAGCUGGACUCUGUGAUCAUCGCUUCCCCUCCCGUUGAAGAUGGAGCUAAUCUCUCCCUGGAACACCUACAGCCUUACUGGGAGGAGCUGGAAAACUUAGUUCAAAGCAAGAAAAUUGUUGCUAUAGGCACCUCUGACCUGGACAAAACCCAGCUGGAGCAGCUGUAUCAGUGGGCACAGGUAAAACCAAAUAGUAAUCAAGUUAAUCUUGCUUCCUGCUGUGUGAUGCCGCCCGAUUUGACUGCAUUUGCUAAAGAGUUUGACAUACAACUACUGACUCAUAAUGAUCCAAAAGAACUGCUAUCUGAGGCAAGUUUCCAAGAAGCUCUUCGGGAAAGCAUCCCUGACGUCCAGGCACAAGAGUGGGUGCCACUGUGGCUGCUGCGCUACUCAGUCAUUGUGAAAAGCAGAGGCAUUAUCAAAUCAAAAGGCUACAUUUUGCAAGCCAAAAGAAGGGGUUCUUAACUAAAACUUAAGGUCAUAGCUUACUGGCCUGUAUAUGUCUUGAACAUGAGAUAGAAAUGAGAUGUGUACAAAAUCUAGCUAUUGCCUAAAGGAAGUGUCAUUGAGGCAGAUAUUGAGUCUAUUUGACAGUAUGUUGUCUGUCGAGUUUUGAAUACUUCUCUUGCCUCCAUGUCAGUCCACUCUCAUAAAGCAUUGUAUUGUUUUCUUUAAACUGUUGUUUUCUAACAGAAAUCGUCUAGAAAGAAAAUACUUACAAUAUACUACCUUUAUUUUUAUGAGUAAGAGAAAUCAAGAAAAUUUGUUGUUAGAUAUUUUUUAGCUUAGGCAUCAGGGUAAUGUAUAUACAUAUUUUUUAUUUCUGAGAUUCAUUAAUUGCUUCUUACUCUACAGGAUAACUAAGCAACUUAAUUACAGUUGUUAAGUACUGGAAGCCAUUUCUCCUGUCAUUGGUGAAAUCAUUCUAUUUCAGAACAACAAGGGCAGCUGGGACCCACUAGUCGUGUAAAUAAAGUUCAUUCUUCCGUA